GCCCCCGUCCGGCGGCCAGCCCCAGGUGGUCACGGCUGGACGGCAGUCCCUCCAGCCACAGCCGCCCAGACCUCAGCCGCAGCCGCAGUUUCAGCAACCGCUGCAGCAGCGGCCAAAGCCGCAGCCGGCGAGCGCGCGUCCGAGCACCGGCGCUUUUGCUGAGCCUUUGGCCAAUCUCCCCGUCCACUACAACUUCGGGGGCUCUUCGGCCUCC